GGGGACUAGGGAAUCCGGAAUCGCCAAAUCAGGGAUAAACCAUAUCCCCCUCUUCCUCUGGCUCUAGCGGGCGGCGGCUGCCUGUGCGACUGUGCAUGUCGACUACCGCAGUGCGCCUACGUCGCCUGCCACCGUGCGUCCAGACGAGAGACGACUAGACCACAACCGCUUCCAGAAUCCAAACAACAAUGCCCGCCAGGCCGUCACUCAAACUCAACACCUGGAGUGGAGGCGUGGAGCCGCGGAGCGGACGAGCGGUGGAGGUCCACCAAGCCGGCCUAGCAUCAUCCAAGCAGUUGCACCUUGCACGCCAACAGGCAACAGACAACAUCCAUGUGUCCAUGUCCAGGAGUGCUCGUGCUACCUCCAUGCCGCCGCUAGAGAAACAUCUUAGCCUCGACCUCUGGAGUUAUUUGCCAGACCCACCGCCGACACCAUCUUCAGGCAAAGGCAACAAUGGUGUACCUAUUUUAGGUACUAUACUUGCAUUGUACGACAGUAGCAGACAAAGACUCGCAUUAUACUCGCAUAGUACCCAUUUUAGGCAUAAUGCAUUUAAAAGUGACGUUUUUAUCACUAUUUAUGCAUAUGUAGCGGUGCCAGGGUCAUCAGCUGCACUAUCACCAGCCAAUAAUGAUAAGCAAGGGGGUUCAAGGCAUGGAGCUAAUGCAGUGGUUGACAGACAAACAAAGAACCCAUCUGUAGUGGCUCUUGAUGCUGAGGAAGAAGAGGGAGAGGCCGUGGAUAUUAGUGGAACAAGGAAGAGGGCAAAAAGGACUAAAGCUUUUGUGUGCGAUUACUUCACCAAGAAAAUAGAGAAACAAUAAGGGCAAGUGAAACACCGAGGGCUCUAGGAAGCAGGGGAUAAAUGCCUUACUAGCCGCGUGACUAUCGGACUUGGCAAGUCAGGAUCGGAGCAGCUCGGCCUUAGAGCAUCUCCAAGAGAGGCUCUAAACAUGAUCCUAUUUUAAAUAUAGGGCUCAAAACCAUAAAACAUCCUUCCAACAGCGGCCCUAUUUUAUAAAAUUUCAUCAAAUGGUUAUAGGGCUCGGUCUCUCGGGUCCUAAAUAUAGUACCCAUAUACUGGAGCCCUAUCCUCAUUUCCACUUAAUCUCCAACCAUUUAUUUCCUAAUAUCAUGAUUUAUUUC